GUUUUCAAUCAUUUAUAGACAAGAAAUGAAUAAUUUUCAGUUAUUAAUGUUGGUAAAUUGUUUCUUUGCAAAUUAGUUUUUAUUUUUAUUAUAAGGAUCUGGUUUUUAUAUUAUAUCAACAAGUGAAUGAAGUUUUUCGUGAAAUGGUGAAAUCAACUUAAUUAAUAUAUUUGGAUUUUGGACAAAAUUUAAAAGUUAAUUGAAUGUAAAUAAACUGUAUAUUAUAAUAAAGAAUCAUGGAGUCAUUUCUAUCCACGUCGAAAGCAGUUCUGUCAAAGCUAUUCAAUUACAAAAGAAUCCGCAUCGUUUUGGGUAAUGGAACUUGCGAUUUAGAUUCCGCCAUAUCAACAUUAAUUCAAGCUUUUUCUGAAUAUUUGGAUGGAAUAAAAAAUAACGAAAAAGAUUUGGCAGUUAUUCCAUUGAUGAAUAUACCUGAAAAAGAAUAUCGGUUAAAAACGGAAGUCGUAUUUUUUAUGAAACGUCAUAGCAUAUCCUCUAAUUUGCUCAUAUUUCGGGAUCAAAUAGAUUUAAAAGCUUUAAAAGAAAAUGUGGAAAUCAAAUUGGAAAUCGUGCUUGUCGAUCAUCAUAAUCUUCCAAACGAAGAUAUGUAUCUAAUGGAAUCUGUAAUUAAAAUAAUCGAUCACAGACCACAAGAUAAACGAUGGCCAUGGACAGGCAGGAAAGUGUAUUUGGAAAAUGUAGGUAGCUGUGCAACUUUAGUGGCGCGAAAUUUAUUUGAUAAACAUCCAGAAGUUAUAGAUUCACAGAUAUCGAGUCUUUUGCGAGGUCCUAUUUUGAUCGAUACAUAUAAUUUAUCGAAAAAAGUCGAUCGUGCUACUUCUAUGGAUAUUGAAAUUAUAGAAGCUCUCGAAAAAAUUGGAUCAUUAGAUCUAGAUAGGGAUAAAGUAUUUAACGAAAUCUUCAAUGCAAAAUCUGAUAUUAGUGAAUUAACUGUUGAUGAUCUUUUGAUCAGAGAUUUAAAAGAAACCUCUGGAGUGCCAAUUACUGUAUUGCCUAUAUUAGUGAAGGAUUUUCUGGAUUUACAAGGAAGUUUAAAAAGUCUUGAAAAUUUUGUUCUAUCUAAGAAUAUCACAAUCAUUAUUGUAAUGGGAUUGGAUCUUACUUCAGAAAAAGUGUUUCGAGAUAUUGCUGUUUUUUCUUUGGCUACUGAUCAAUUGAAAAAAAAGAUAAUAGAAGCUCUAUUGUCUGCACAACCAUCUCUUGAAUUGACAUUGAUUAAAGAAAUUAAUAACAAAGAUGAAAAUUUUAACUUGGUUCUUUAUGAGCAGAAAAAUGUACGUAUUACGCGAAAGUGUAUCUUCCCACUUGGUAUGGAAGAAGGAAAAAUUCCAGAUGAUGCGAUCACCGCUUCUUCUAGUUAUGAAACAAAAUCAGUGGGGCCUCAAAAUGCACGAAUACGACAGGAGAAAAAUGGCGGUGCUUGGUGUCCAAAAGCGCAAAUUAGCAGUGCGAUACGGGAAUAUUUGGAAAUUGAUCUAACGAGAGAUCAUCUAAUAGCGUGGACCGAAACUCAAGGACGAUUUGGUAAUGGUCAAGGCCAGGAAUAUGCAGAAGCCUUUUUUCUCGAAUAUUGGCGCGACACAAAAUGGCAUCAGUAUAAAAAUUUGAAGGGUGACAGAGUAUUACGUGGCAAUAGUAACACUUAUUUGGUUGAAAAGCAAAAAUUGGAUUUACCAUUCGUCGCGAGCAAAGUUCGAUUUGUACCUUACAGCCAACAUCCACGGACGGUUUGUAUGCGAGUUGAAAUUUACGGAUGCAUAUGGGAGCAGUAUGUCGCGAGUUACAGCAUGAUCAAAGGACCAAUUCUUGGUCCUGGAGGGAAAAAUAUCGAAGAUUCAUCAUAUGAUGGUAUUGAAAUUGACUCUCUUCUUGUAAACGGCCUUGGUCAAUUAACGGAUGGCAUAUUAGGUGAAGUUUCCGAAAUUCUCACUUCUUCAACAAAUGGUACAAACUGGGUAGGCUGGUCAGACCGCACUACUGUCCAGAUUACUUUUUCUUUUCAAGAGUUACGAGAAUUCGAAAAUUGUUCUAUACAUGUUGCGCGUAUACCGGAACUAGAAAUUGAGACAUUUUCACUAAUACAUAUUUGGUUUUCCUCUGAUGGAGAAAACUAUGAAUCGGAAGCAGAAAAAUUGGUGGGCUUGAUCGAUUCUAGCUCGUCUAUUGCCGAAACAAUUUCGAUUCCUUUGCAAUCUAGAAUAGGACGAUUUGUAAAAAUGGAAUUCGAUCUUGCUGCAAAAUGGUUGUUGCUUAGCGAAAUCACCUUCCAUACUGGUAGUAAGAGUAAAUCAAAUGAUUUGAAUAUUUUGAACGAUCGAUCAUUCGAAAUGGAUCAAAAUCGAAGCGAAUUACGAAUAAAAUCUAGUAACUCCUUGGAUUCAAUAAUAUUGGGUUUUAAUGUAACAACGCUUUAUGAAAUUCAUGAAAACAAUUCGACACCAGAUGCCUUCCCCGUUGGUACUUCCCAAACAUAUAUUGGACUUGUUAGCGGUUUACUGACAGUGUUUGCUCUUUUCUUAACUUGUACAGCAUUCUUGAUCAAACAAAGAGGUCGUAACAAGGUAGCUUUGUUACAAAAGCAUACGGCUCUACUCUGUGAUUCAUCUACACCGGGUAUUGCGAUCUCUCCGAAGGAUGUUAAACUUUCAAAUUCAAUCGUAACUGGAUUAUCAUUAAUUCGUAAACCUAUCAUUAUUGCUGCUUCUGAUAACUUACCUGCUCGAUCCAAUACAGAUUUACGAAGAGAUUCCCAAACUAGCGUGGCCGAUUCCGAAAAUAAUCGCAAUUCAACUUUAUAUGAAAGAACGUAUAAUCUGUUCUCUGAAGAAAAUCUUGUAGUUACGAAAUCAAAUGUAUCCGCACGUAUAUCUGAAUCAUGUUCUGAUUUUAAAUGCAACUCGAGCUUUAUGACAAGCAAAUCUACGGAAAUUAUAGUUCCAACUACAACAUAUUCAUCGAAAAAGAUAUUUUAUUCACAAUCAGGAAAAUUGAAUCAAAGAAAUUAUGAAGGAUAUUAUGCAGCAACUGAUAUUUUAACGAAGAAAAAAGAAACUUCAUCAACUUCGAGUCCAUUCACACCGCUUCAAAUUCGUGAAAAAGGCCUAUGCUUAUUACAUACCAUUGAAUCUUACAAUGUCCAACGUAUUUCUAGACACAGAUUACGGAUUUUAGAUAAACUUGGAGAAGGAAAUUUCGGUUUGGUCCAUUUAUGUGAGGCAAAAGGAAUUACCAAUCCGGAAAUAGAAGCGAUUCAAAAUCGACAAACUGUAAUCGUUAGAUCUCUUUGGCGAGGAGUUGUAGAUUCCUUAAGAUUGGAUUUCACAAAAGAUAUGCAUGUCUUGGCAAUGCUCCAAAAUUCGAACAUAGCAAAGAUGAUAGCUUUAGUAGAAGAAGAACCAUUUGGAGCUAUAUUCGAAUAUGGUCAAUUUGGAGAUCUUCCUACUUUUUUAGAAAACCGUGAAAAUUUGGAUAACAAAGAAGAUAUUAGCUAUGGCAGCCGUUUAAGUUUUAUUAUCCAAAUUGCAUCUGGUAUGAAAUAUCUGGAAUCCAUGAAUAUUGCACAUUGUGAUUUAGCGGCUAGAAAUUGCAUCGUUUGUCUCGAUCUGAAAAUAAAGGUAUCCGAUCAUGCUAUAUAUUGUAAUAAAUAUGAUCAUCAUUAUUUCAUCGAUGGACAUAAUAUAAAAAUUCCCCUUCGUUGGAUGGCAUGGGAAGCAGUUUUAUUGGGUAAACGUAGUUGCCGUGCCGAUGUUUGGUCAUUUGCUGUAACAAUUUGGGAAAUUUUUCGAAAUUGUAAAGAAAUACCAUAUGCAGAUUUAACAGUCGCACAAAUUUUAGAAAACUAUGGUCAUUGGUAUCAAAGAGAAACGAGCAUCGAUAAGGAAUAUGAUGAUAAUAAUGAUAAAAGAAAUCAACCUCGAAUUCCUUCACAGUCUGAUCAUUGUCCGGAUAAUCUUUAUCGUAUAAUGAAAAAAUGUUGGAGCACACGAGUUGAAGAGAGACCUAGUUUCGAGGAAAUUCAUCUAUAUCUCGAGAAAUUAACCUUCGAUUGAAUGUUCCAGGUACUCAUAAUUGAGUAGUAUGGACCAAACAAUUACAAUCAGCCAAGAAGCAUCCUGUACAUAAAUUUCAGCUUUUUAUGUUGAUUUAUUCUUCUUCUGCUUCGUCCAUUUUUUAUUAAUAUAUUCCUAAUAUAGCUUAUAUCAAAAAUAUAUCAUAAAACUACUCCUUUCUAUUAAAAACAUCAGGAUGCUCUGGCCAUUAACUUUUAAUGCUCAAUUAGGUUUAUGUAUGAAUCAACUUUGCGCAUAUAUAUAUGUAUAAAAAUACAUAAUGUACAUGCGAGAGAGAGAGAGAGAGAGAGAGAGAGAGAGAGAGAGAGAGAGAGAGAGAGAGAGAACUUAUUGGAUAUAUUUCCUGUGAACAAGAAACGCAAAGCUUUUUCAUAAAAGUUAUUAUCUUAUUUUUUCCAAUUAUUGGUUAUAAUCUACAAAAUAUUCUUCAAUUAAAUAUUGACUCUUCAUAACUAAUAUUAAUAUGCUUUCUCUCUAUAUGAAUGCGAAAUUGUAUAAAUAAAUUAAUAAAAUUUAUAUCAGUUUGGAGAAGCAUGCAACAAAAGGUGGACAAAAAUACAUAAUAUUAAUUUUAUAACGAAUUUGAUUUAGAAUUCAAAAAUUCAA